UUCAUUCGUCGCACAAUGAUCAGAAAGGGUGUUACUGAGAGUUUUGGGGCAGCAGUCUCCUGUCUGAACACAUCUCAUCUGACAGAUGAAGUGAUUAGAAGGAGUAAGCGAAUGAUACUGGACACGCUGGGAGUGGGAUUACUUGGAACCAGUACUCCAGUCUUUAACAUAGUCCUUCAGAGCAGCCAAAGGCAGCAAGCAGUGGAAAACAGCAAAGUCUGGGGAAGACCAGGAUUAUCUCUUCCACCUCAGUAUGCUGCCUUUGUUAAUGGUGUUGCGGUGCACUCUAUGGACUUUGAUGACACCUGGCAUCCAGCCACUCACCCCUCUGGCGCUGUGUUGCCGGCUCUCCUGGCACUGGCUGAAACACUGCCUGAUAAACCCUCUGGCCUCGAGCUGUUGCUGGCUUUCAAUGUAGGCAUGGAGGUUCAGGGGAGACUCAUGAGGUUUUCUAAAGAGGCUCAUAACAUUCCCAAAAGAUUUCACCCGCCUGCAGUUGUUGGGGUUAUGGGCAGCGCGGCUGCUUCGGCUAAACUUUUGGGUCUCCCAGCAGCCCAGAGCAUAGCGGCUCUAGCGAUAGCCUGCUCUUCUGCUGGAGCUCCCAUGGCAAACGCUGCUACUCAAACCAAACCUCUGCACAUGGGCAAUGCUGCCCGCGGGGGUCUGGAGGCCUCCCAGCUCGCUCUCCUCGGCCUUGAGGGCAAUACACAGAUUCUGGAUCUGGCAUCAGGCUUCGGGGCCUUCUAUCCAGAUUAUGUCCCUCGCCCACUGGCUGAGUUCACCCCUACUUCUCAGUACAGGUGGGUGUUAGAAGACCAGAACGUUGCACAGAAGCGCUUUCCCGCACACCUCGGCAUGCACUGGGUGGCGGAUGCAGCAAUAGAAGCAAGGGCGACAUUUUUGGAUAAAUACCCAAAUGCAGAUCUCAGUCAAAUUAAGAAGAUCACACUCAGAGUGCCCUCAUCCAGAUAUGUAGACUGCCCUUUUCCAGUUAGCGAACACCAGGCCAGACACUCCUUCCAGUUCAACUGCUGUACCGCACUGCUUGAUGGUCAGGUCACAGUUGAAUCUUUUAGCAAAAGCCAGAUGAACAGGAGUGCCCUUAAGGAGAUGCUUCUGAAAGUAGAGUUGGAAAAUCCACAAGACAAUCAUUCAAGCUUUGAAAAGAUGUAUUGCGAAAUCGCCGUGGAGACAACACAAGGGGAAAUGCUCAACGCACACUGCAACACUUUUUACGGUCACUGGAGGAAACCACUGAGUCAUGAGGACCUCGUGAAGAAGUUCAGGGCUAAUGCUUCGACCGUGCUGACCCCUGAUGUCGUGGAGGCUAUUAUUUACACUGUAGACCGUCUGGACACAAACCAAGACUGCUCAAUGCUUUGGUCAUACAUGCACUUUAAUAAGCACAUGAUGCACAAGCAUGAGCGUCGCUACUCAGCUUUGGCUUGAAUUAUUGUGUAAUGUCACUUGCAUUGUUCAGGCUAAUAGAAAGUAUCUUGGUGAACCACUUGUCUUAUUGAAACCUGUGAUGACUCUUUUCCUCAUUUUCUUAUUUUUGUUCUAGCAAACAUUUGAUGGUAACUAUGAUAAAUCUGUAAAUUCCGAUGAGGUAAAAGUUAAAAGCACGAGAACCACUGUAC